CUGUUCUUAUUUAUCUUAUCUGUGAUGCAACCAUUUGAACCAAAACCUUGUUUUGUUGUGAUAUUUUAUGUAUCAUUGCUCUAGAUACUUCCAAUUAUAAUCCGUGGUAGUUUAUUCCCAAGGUAAACAGAGCUUCAAGAUGAGUAUGAGACCUGACGAUCACCGUAGAAAGUGGGACAAGGAUGAGUUCGAGAAGAUCGCUUCAGAAAGGUUGAAAGCGGAGUUAGAAGAAGAGGAGCGUUCUAAAAAGAAAGCACCUCCAGUAAAAAGAGAGCUCCUCAAGCAGCGUGAAUACAAAGUAGACUUGGACUCAAAAUUGGGCAAGAGUGUUGUCAUUACAAAGAAUACCCCCACCUCCCAGUCGGGUGGCUACUACUGCAAUGUCUGCGACUGUGUGGUUAAGGACUCCAUCAACUUCCUGGACCACAUCAAUGGCAAGAAGCAUCAGCGGAAUCUUGGCAUGUCCAUGAAGAUCGAGAGGAGCUCACUGGAGCAGGUGAAAGCAAGAUUUGCAAGCAACAAACGUAAACUAGAAGAGAGGAUCCGGGAAUACGAACUGGACAGCCGGCUGCGCGAGGCGGCUGAGGAGGAGGCGCGAGUUAAAGAGCUACGCCGCGAGCGCCGCCGUGACAAGAAGCGCAAGCUGCAGGAGGGUGACGAGCCAGAGGAGGAGACCCCCGCGCAGUCCGAGCUCGCCCAGAUCAUGGGCUUCUCCGGCUUUGGCGGAUCUAAGAAAUAGUGCCAACACAUGCUAAAAAAUAUACACUAACACACACAGACUUUGCUUUGCAGUUAAAUACCGCGAAUCGCCGUGUACACUCCAUCUGAUAUUUCAGUGAUGUGUCAUAAAAUUGAUGUCAUAACAACUCAGAGUAUAGCGACUGAAGGACCGUAGGUGCGAUGCACACGUCUUCCGCCUCUUUCUAUACCUGUUUCCUAAAAUCAGGCGCGGAUUUGUUACUCUCUGUAACAUUUGUAAUCAAAGAUUUAUCGAUUAUACCAGAUGUAUAAAGGCGAAGACAAAUCCGUGAUUCGAAUUUGUUAGUUAAUGUAGAUGGUACUGUACAGCUCGUACAUUAUGCGGUAACUCUAGUUGUCAAAAAUGGACGUUUGACGUUGACAUUUAUUUUAUUCGCUACCAAAAAAAAUAUCACCGUACAGUGCCAUCUUCUUAGCAGUUAAACUCGAGGGCUGGUUAUUCUCAGAAAAUGUGUCUACGGUCUAAUUGCCGCGACCCAUACUAAAUGUAUGAAAAGAGUCGUGGCAAUUGGACGCAACUCACGCAACCGCAAACAUAUUACGAGUAUACAUUUUUGACUAUAAUAAUAUAACCAAUCAAACCUGCAGCGUUAUGUUGUCUGGACAAUGUCCAUCCAAAGCUAGAUAUUUUACAAUAUUGUAAUAAUAUAACUACCUACAAACUCCACCAACUACACCACGUAAGGUAUAAACAUUAAACCCCUUAUUAAUAAACGUUUACUAAAGUUACGAUGCCGCUAAUAAUCGUUUGGCCCUUUCCGACGUAUUAGUAUGAUGGAAAGGGACAAACGAUUAUUAGCGGCAUCGUAACUUUAGUACACGUUUAUGAAUAAGGGGGUAAUUGUGUCAUUAUUUCCCAAAAGGUACAACUUUCGAAGUAUGGAGUUAUUGAUAGUUCCUAAAACUGCAUAAAAUUAUCUAAAGAAAUUAUUUAAGAAUGGAAACCGCUUUAGGACGAUCACCGGUUUCCCUUUCACGCAGCGGCAAGUCAGGAGGAAUGAAAUACUUUUUUUUACGGCGGUGCUAGUAAUUGAUUUGUAACAAUAAUCGCUACUUAUAUUCCGACCACUUACAAAACCGUCAAUAUCUCGGAAACUAGAAUUUAUAAAGUUGUACCUUUUUCUAAACUCCAUCACAAUUUGCCUUUAUUACCUUCCAUGGCCUUCAAAAUAUUAACUUUAUCAUAAAGCGGUGGAUUUUUUUAUAAAUAUUAUUGUGGAUCUUAGAAUUUACAUAAUAGCUAUAAUUGUAGCUUUAAUUAUAUUGAGUAAUUUAAAAAGUUGUUUUAUUUCUGUUGAAUAAACAUGAUUAACUUAAUAAUGGUGAUAAUUAAUGAUGUAAUCAGCCGGGCUCUGGAGCCGGCCAACUUUCCUUGCGUUUGGAACCUCCAAGGUUGUGCCGCACAGGUGAGAAGAUGCUUGAUGGUCUGACGUGUUCUGACAUUGGUUCCAUGGCCGAAGGGUCGUUGUCUCUUGUGGGAAGCAACACAUGGGCGUAGGCAGGUACGGGCAGGAGGGGGAGAGCUGAACUCUCCUCCGUAGGCCUCCGGCGAUGUCAAUUUUUUUUGCCCCCCUAGUUCACUGGCUAGCUACGCCCUUGAUGCAACAUACGUCAGUACAAUUGCGCCGUCCUACUCGAGUCUAACGGCUAGGUCCGCUGCGUUAGCCGCGGAGUAUGUGGCCAAAAUGAAACAUGCCAAGUACUCUGCCCUGGAGUCAAUGUACGACGUUGUGCCAGUUGUAGUGGAGACUGCGGGUCCUUGGGCUUUGGAGGCCAAGGAAUUCGUUAGAGAUUUGGAUCGGCGGCUAAGGGACGGGGUGCGACCUUCGGUCCGGACCGUACUUGGUCCAACAGAUCUCAUUGGCCAUCAGCAUGGUAUAACGCUGCCAGUGUGAUGGGGACAUUUGAGCCUGGUACUAUUUGUGACGGUUAUUUUAUUUAACUUACAUUAUUAUUUAAAAAAUGACGAAUUAUGUUGCGGACAUCGUCAUUGGUUUGUUUGGGUCGUAUUAGUAUGUACGUAUAGCAAUAAAUAAUAAAAUAAUAUCAUUUUUUUAUAAUUUAUGGCUAAAAAUAAAACAAAAUUUUACAAU